GCACGUUUUGGCGUGGUCGCGACUCGUUGCCAUUCGCACUAUUUUUAUUGUUACUUCGGCUGAUUGAUGGUGCGAACGCACGUUUUGAACGCUCUGCUCUGUUCGGUUCAGCGGCAAUAGAGUGGUGAUCGAUUGAAUUUUACUGCGGCAUUAAAACUAGACCACGUUGCACAGCUAACUCCUGGAGGCCGGUACUAUUACCGUAUUGGGGUAGGCUCUAGAUUUCACGUUAUGGUCAGAUAGGUUGAGAGAUUAGAGCUCAAGACACGUUUGAGCGUUGGGUUGUGACUAGCUGAUCAAAGCGUGGUGAUUUAACCGUUCUAAUCGUCCCUUCUGAAAUUGUUGUGUCAUCGUGUUCGGAGUGAAGGUGAAGCAGUGUGAUUAAAAAUAAGUUCGAGCGGUGGCAAAAAGUGUUUUGUCGGAGUUUGACCUCGCACCGGUCCUAAAAGUGAAGUCGAUUGAUUUGAAAAGUGGGAUUGUAUAGUGCAAAAAAUCCAAAUAGAUUUCAAUCACGGUGUGUUUGUAAACGGCUGCCAGUCAAGUGGAAGGAAUAGAAAGCACGUGAAAGUAUCGAAGCAGAAAGGAAAACAUAGCUCGCUGGUGGAUGAAAAAAGCAAAAAUAAAUGCUGAAUCGUUAUUAGCAGUGCAUUGAACGAAAAUGUAAAAGAAAGAAUAUUCUACUGGUGUGAUUUUUUCGAAGAAAAAAACGUCAAGUGUGAGUGGUGAUUGCAAGUGCAAUAUUUAGAUUUCAGUGAGUGGUUUAAUUGAUUACAAAGAAAAUUGAUGCUGUUUAAGCAAAAAUGAGUCGUCGAGAUAAUAACGUCCGGAAGCUGUCAUUCCUUGGAUUUAACACGAAGGAGACAAGCAACGAUGAUCCCAACCAGGUGCAGCUGGACGAUGAAAUGGAAAAGGUGUUUGGAUCGGCUGGCACCGAUAAGGAACGAUUCGAACUGAAGCGCCUCAACGAUGAGGUGCAGGUGGACAACUCGCCACUGAAGUACGACGAAUCACACCGUUCCGUGGAUAAUCGUCCGCUGCUGGCCUCGGCGGCCCUGCGACCAAUGGACAGCCCGGCAGCCAGCGGAGGCAAUGGAGCCGUAGGCGAGAGUGGCCCAAGCACCGGACCGCAGAACAAUGGCGGCUCCCCGGCCACCACCAACACCCCGACCAGUCCGAUUUCGAUUUCGUCCAAAAGCGGGACGACCACCAAACCAUCCAACGACACCACGCUGGAGGACAGCACGUCCAACGAUUUUAGUGAAACCGUCCAAGACGAACCAGUGGUGGACCAGGGAACACUGCAGGGUGAACAAUGGGAUGCCAGUGCCAGGAGGAACGUUCAUUUCGACAGCAACGACCGCCCUCCUCAGUUCGGAGGGCUCCAGAUUGAGGACAGCAACGAGGAACGUCGACGCCGCUCAGAGCGCCAUCAUCCUCAUAAAUCGAGGAAAUACUCGUUGCAGGAGUACCACCCAGAAUGGAGACGCCAGAGUGGAACGGAGGGUGUCAGUACCACCACCAGGAGAGUUUCCGUUCAACCAGAGGAUGCUGCGCUGCAGGAAGCCGACAUAGACGAAUUGACCUCUCACCGGUCGGAUGACCCGCGUGCUCUGCGUCGCCACAAGGUGAGCGCACAGUCCCAAACGCAACCGGGCGGCCCCUCGAUGGUCAACAUCAACCGCAAAGAGGGCGAUAAGCUGCAGAACCUGCUUCCGUCGAAUAAGUUCAAGAAGAUGUACGAUCACAGCCCACACGAAGUGUUUGUACAACUGGAUGAGCUUACCGGUUCCGGCGAAGAACGCGAGUGGAAAGAGACGGCCCGUUGGAUCAAGUACGAGGAAGACGUGGAAGAAGGUGCCGACCGUUGGGGCCGUCCCCACGUUGCCUCACUGUCGUUCCAUUCGUUGCUAAAUUUGCGCCGUUGUCUGGAGACCGGUGUUGUACUGAUGGACUUGGAGGAAAAGGAUUUGCCGUCGGUUGCUUACCGAAUUGUUGAACAGAUGGUUAUUGAUGAAUUGAUUCACGAAGAUGACAAACCCACAAUUAUGCGAGCUUUAUUGCUCAGACAUCGUCACGUGAACGAACACUCGCACGGUGGUUUUCAUUUCGGUCCGAAGAGGAAGUACAGCAGUUACAGCAGUUUACAGUCGCUAUCCUUAAGAGCCGAGGAUGGCAACAAUGGUGAGGUAAUUGUAGGCGUCCGGAGACUUAACUCGUUCGUAAGUCCCACGCAGAGCUAUACUCUCAGCCCUCCCUUAUUGCACCAUCCCAACUACAGCCCUAGUUUAGUAGCCAAGCAGCAGCAGAAUCAUGGCCACCAGAAGCAUCGAAAUUCGCUCCAACGACAGCCGAGCAUUGGGAGCACAUCGGGGGGCGUCCAGCUCAACCAUCAUCACAAGCGCACCGAAAGUCAGGACAGCAGUAGCUGUGCGCUUCCUGUGGGCAUCACCACGGUCACCAGUGCCGUCGGUAUGCGACGAAACUCACCUAUCGCGCUGACAGUCGUAAAUGAAAGCGUUGAUGAUAAAAAGCCAAGAAUCGUACCAUCCAACGACAUCAAUGGCCAUGGGUAUGGCGAAACCAAGAUCAACAUGCACGAGGAAACGUACACUUCGUCACAGGAGGACAUCAAAAUCCGUGCCCAGAAGGAAUCGAUUCUGAAACGUAUCCCCGAGGGAGCGGAAGCCACAACGGUACUGGUAGGAUCGGUCGAAUUUCUCGAGCAACCCACGAUUGCCUUCGUCCGUUUGGCCGAGGGUAUUCCCAUGCCCAGUAUUACGGAAGUGCCGAUUCCGGUGCGUUUUCUGUUCAUUCUGUUAGGACCGAAGACUGCUGAGUUGGACUACCAUGAGGUGGGUCGAUCAAUCGCCACACUUAUGUCUAACGAGCAUUUCCAUGAUAUUGCGUACCGGGCGGACGAUAGAAAGGAUUUGCUUUCCGCCAUUAAUGAGUUUCUAGAUGAUUCUAUUGUGCUACCACCGGGCAAGUGGGAAAGGCAGGCGCUACUUCCAUUCGACGAGCUAAAGGCCAAGAGUGAUAUGAUCCGAUUGAGAAAGAAGAAAGCAAUCGAUGAGAAGAUCAAAAGCAAACAACCGCUGCUGACCAGCGAAGAGGAGAAGAAGCUUUUAGCGGCAGCCGACGGCGAUGGAAAGAAACCUCCCAAAAAUCCAUUGGAAAAGACCAACCGACUAUGGGGUGGCCUGAUAAAUGAUAUUAAACGAAGGUAUCCCAUGUACAUGAGUGAUAUAAAGGACGGUUUGAAUACGGAAACUCUUGCGGCUACCAUCUUCAUGUACUUCGCUGCGUUAUCAACGGCCAUUACUUUUGGAGGUCUUUCGUCUGAUAAGACCCAAAAUCUAAUUGGGAUCUCGGAAACUUUAGUAUCUGCGUCGAUGGUCGGUGUUGUGUUUCAUUUGUUUUCCGGCCAACCGUUGGUCAUCAUCGGUACCACUGGUCCGCUAUUGUUAUUUGAUGAAGCGCUCAAUCAAUUUUGUAUCUCGAACGAUUACAAUUUCUUGACGGUGCGAGUCUAUGUCGGAAUUUGGCUAGCCAUUAUUGCUUUGGUAGUAUCUGCAUUCGAGGGCAGUGUCUACGUACGACUCUUUACUCGUUUUACUCAAGAAAUUUUCUCCGCUGUGAUCACAUUGAUCUAUAUUGUUGAGACCGUUAUGAAGCUUAUCUACGUUUACGGACGUCAUCCCCUUCUUGCUGAGUAUCAGUAUAAGAACAUGACGAUAAUCACUCCCCAGCCACUGCUCGAAACCGAUUCCAACUCAACGAUUGGUUCUACGGUUGGACUUCUAGCGGAAAGUCUUACCGCUGUUGCCAACACAACCGUUGAACCUCUAACUGAUAACCUGCUACCCCCAUCCGAUGCUAUCGGUCCUUUGAACCAGCCAAACACCGCUUUGUUCUGCACCAUUCUUACUCUGGGAACGUUUUCGCUGGCUUACUAUCUGAAAUUGUUCAGAAAUUCUCACUUCCUGGGACGUAACGCUCGACGAGCCCUUGGAGAUUUUGGCGUGCCAAUCUCGAUUGCUAUCUUCGUGCUCCUCGAUUAUUUGAUUCCCCAAGUAUACACAGAAAAGCUUAGCGUGCCGGAAGGUCUCUCGCCAAGUGACGAAACACGUCGGGGAUGGCUUAUUCCCUUGGAUGGAGUUCCUAGUUGGAUGCCGUUCGUGGCCGGCGUACCUGCCUUGUUGGUGUACAUUCUGAUCUUCAUGGAAACUCACAUCUCCGAGCUGAUUGUAGACAAGCCGGAACGCGGUCUGAAGAAAGGAUCCGGCCUCCAUAUGGAUAUCGUGUUACUGUGCUUCCUCAAUACGGUGUGUGGGUUCUUAGGUAUGCCAUGGCACUGUGCUGCUACUGUGCGCUCGGUUACUCACGUAUCGGCAGUGACGAUCAUGUCAAGAACGCACGCACCUGGCGAUUCUCCACACAUUACGGAUGUGAAAGAGCAGCGUAUCUCUGGAUUCUUCGUGGCAUUGAUGGUGGGGCUUUCGGUGACAAUGGCGCCCAUUCUUCGACUCAUUCCUAUGUCUGUGCUAUUCGGCGUUUUCCUGUACAUGGGUAUCGCAUCCAUGAGUGGAGUUCAAUUCUUCGAUAGGUUGCGACUAUUCUUCAUGCCUGUUAAGCAUCAUCCACAGGUACCAUUUGUGCGCCGGGUGCCUUCCUGGAAGAUGCACAUCUUUACCACGGUACAGGUUCUAUCCCUUGCCAUGCUGUGGACCGUCAAGUCUUCGGCCUUCUCUUUAGCGUUCCCAUUCUUCCUCAUUAUGACUGUGCCAAUAAGGAAGCAAAUGGAGCGAAUCUUCAGCCCGUUGGAGCUUAGAGCGCUGGAUGGCAGCCAACCCAACGAAGGUGCAGAAGAUGAGCCUGACUUCUACGAACAAGCGCCAAUUCCUGCUUAGAAACCUAAGUGGAGUAGUAUUAGGUGAAAUGUGCAAAAGAUGUACAAGGAAAAAUCCCUUUUGAAUUAUUUUUCAUUGCCUAUCACAUUGAGUAUGUUUGUUAUGUUUGACCAAUUAAGAACUCGUAGUUUGACACGAUCAUUUACAACUUGUAUGGUAGAAUUAGGAUAAAAUUCACAGAAUGAAAUCUAUUCGUCCAUGCAUACAUUGUUCACAUAACAGCUCGAUCGGACGAAACUUCUAUGAAGUACAACACGGUUACGUUAAUUAUUCACCAGUUACUCAUCGUUCACAUAAAUUUAGUAGAGUUGAGCGCAGGGAUGGAGCUGGACUUAGCUUGAGUUGGACUCAAUAGCCAACAGCUCACUUUAGAAGUAGAUUUUUUUAAACUAUACAUACGUGUGGUGUUCUUUCCAACUACUUUAUCCAACAGUUUCGAUGCGCUAUCAUCACGCACAGCUCAGAAUUAUAAGCACUUUAUACGUCGUCGUAAUUGAAUUUAAGCAAUACACUUUUAGACAAAGUUUAAUUGUACAGUCUUGAAAUUCGGCUUCUAAACUGAGCUAUCUGCAAAUUAUUCAAACUCAAACUAAAUGAUUGGCUACAUCCUCAGUUAAGCGGUUAGAGUCUAUACGUAUAUAUUUUCAUAAACACUUUCUAUUGGUGAUGCAACAAGGAAAACACCACUGAAUAGCAACCAUAAAUUAGAAACAUACGAAUAUUUUCUCUACGCUGAAUUUACGUUUGAAUAAAAUUCAUUCAAAGACUCAACAUUAGGCUAUGUCGAAGCAAAAUUUUAAAUAAAUUAAAUAUACUUGAAUUUGAAUUCAUCUUAUGUAGACUAAUAACGUUUCUAAGUAAUAAACAAAGAAACUUUAAAGUGUCCAAAUAUGCGUAUUGUGACAUUGUUGAAGACAAACUUAGCAAAAAGAAAAAUCUGAAAGGAUGUGCAACAAUCUGUGAUCAGUAUUACUUACAAGUGUAGAAAAAAUCCUACUUAAAAUCCCGCCCCUGUACAACAGAAUAAACUUAUUUAAUUUCAGAGAACAUAACAUCCCCAAAUUCCAUGUAACAAAACGGUGCAAAAAUGAAAAAAAAAACAAAAAAUGUUACUUCAGAAAAAAAAAUCAGGACUGUAGCGACCCACACAAGGAACGAAUAAUAGAGAUGAAUGUAUUUUGUCGAUAUUUUAGAUGAAACUGCUCCAAGAGCAAUCGACGCUGAAAAGCAAAAUCGCUCCGAAAGGGAUCCAUAAGUUACUUAGAUGAUGCAUGCCAUAUAAAACUGUUUAUUCGAGUGAACAAUAUAUAAGAAAACACGUAAAUAAAACCAACAAGGUAGAAAAUAUUAUUUAUAAUAUCUGAGCACAUUGGGAGAAGGGGAGCGAUCUAAGGUAGAAAAAGGAUUGUCGCAUAUAAAGUUCACAUUUAACUCGUAGUUAGCACUUAUUAGCUCCUUAAAUUCGAAGAGAAAACAAAACAUUCUUUAGACAACCCAGUACAGUUGCUAUAUUUUAGUGAAGCGUAGUUAAACUUGGUAGAGUCAGUACAUUCUUACUAGUAUGAAGUAAACAAAAUACGAUACUUAAAACCGCUUAACAUAAUAGAGAUUGAUAACUGCAUCCUAUUGAACAAAUCAAAUAAAACAAGUUAGUGAAACACCCUAAA